AUGAAUAGUCUGUUGCGCUCUGCGUCCAUAAUAACGUGGCCAAUCGCGAGGCGCCAUGGGGUGAAGAAGAAAAGGUUUUUUGCUACAACUCUACGCAACAGAAUCGCUUGGGGCGAAAUCCCAAGAAGGGAAAGGAAAAGAAAAAUAGACGAACGCACAAAAAAAACAGUUAAAGUUAACCUUCAUUUAGACCGUAAAAAUGUUAAUACUACAAACUUGAUAAAUUGUAUAGGGGAUAAUAGAAAGUUGUUACUAUAUGCAUUAUGCCAGGCGUACAAAAAAGGACAAAAGGAAGUUGGUGGAAAUAAACUGCAUGACCUGAUUCAAGUUUUGUGUGAAAAGGUAAUCACGAAAGAAGCGGGCCUACAGUUGAGGGAUAAAUUGCUCUUCCUUAGCUGUCUCCCUGCGAACAGCUACGCUGAGAGGAUUACCUUGACGAGAGGCGAUGUGAAGGAUGGACGGUUACCCCCAGGGAGAAGCGGUUCCAUUGGCAGUGGUACAGGGAGACAGAACAUUCAGAAAAAACUCAUCGAAUGGAUAGAUCAUAAAAACGCAUUUAACUACUAUUGUACAAUUUUAAAAAAAAGGAAAAACAACAGCCUCGAUGAUGAUGAACUAGACGAGGAUGUCACCAAUUUUUUUGUGAAAAAGUUAAACGCUUCGUUAGUAAGUACCAUUUCGAUGUACCUUUUGAAUAUUUCCUACCUGAACAGCAAGGUAAAUAUUCGAACGAAUAGCUUGUACCUCCUAAUGACAUUUAUGUUAAAAUAUGUAAGGCAUAAAACGAAUAGGCGCAUAUCCAUGGUGCGUCUAUGCAAGCACACAGAAUUAUUAACCUCCAUAAUGAAUGCAGCAAAGAUUAAAACUGAGAAAAAUAACAGGGACGCCGAAAAAGAUAUUGACAUGGUGAAUAAGCUCAAAAUGAUGAACAAGAAUGAGUAUCCUCUGGACACUUCAUCCUUCGUUGACAUGUGCUCGGAGGUCGUGGGCACACGGAGCAACACUGAGCUGGCCUUUCUGUUGGGAAACAAUGUGACCUACAUCACUGGCCAUUUUUACCACUACUUUAAUAUAUACGAAUUUGAGUGUCAGAGGGAGGGGUGGCCAAGAGGGGGGACCACCUGCAGUGAAGCGGCGCAGAUAGGAGAAGUGGACGUAGGUAAUGAACGGGAAGACACACCCAGUGCGCGCACAGAAACCGCAAAACUGAGCAACCUCUCCAUGGCAACGGAGGAUAAAGAUGUGAUGACGCGGCAAAUCGUCUACAUGAUUUACUUCCUGAACAACGCCCUAGUUUGCUCCCUAAACAAGUUGAUAAGAAAUUAUAACAAAAUAACAUCAGUGGGAAGAAAUUCAAAUGGGGGAAUAUCACAUGGUCGUUUUGCACCCCACAUGGAAGCAGAAACGAUACGCAUAAUUACCAAUUACAUGUUCAGUUGUCUACCUUACAACCUUUUCUGUAAGACACUUUUUAAUAAAUUGGAGGAACUGUUCAUUCGUGUGGGAGCAUUGGACAAAAAAUUGCCAGAGGUAUCGUUGACUCCAUCUACUCUGAUUCAGUUCAUGCACUUGAUGAGCAUACAAUACAAUGCGGUUCAUGUGGAUGACGGUGUCAAUUCGUUGUGGACAAAUUGCCUGAAUGAAAUAUUCUCAAAUGAUUUCAAGUUAUUAAACAAAAAGGAUAAAAUUUUACUGUACAUAAGCAUAUCUAAAAUUUUUUUUUCGAAAAAAAAGAAGACUUACUUGUUUAAAUUAAAUUCCAUUUUAUUCCCUGAGUUGGUACAUUUUACUUACCGAGAUUUGUAUACCUUGGUUUAUUCCAUCAGCUGCUCCAAGUUUUGCGAUUUGCCAUUUUUUGAGGCACUCCUGAGGAACAUUCAUAAAUUGAGGCAAAAGUAUCCCAGCCGCAAGUUGUGGACCAUUUUGUCCAUUUUCCAGCCGUUCGAUCUGAACAUGCCUAUCUUUAAUAUGCUCCUGAGUUACGCCAACUGCGACGGCACUGAACAGAAGAGGGAGAAGAAGAAAGAGGAGUUAGAUGAGCCUUUCGAACAACACACCACCAACAAAGAUGCUAAAAAGCUGGAAGAAGAUUUGGAGAACAAGGAAAGAAUCUUAAAAGAGUUGGCUGCACACAUUAGGGAGAAUCACAGAGAGGAAAGUUUCUCAUUUAGCGAGUCAGAUAUGCUGGAGCUCCAUUCUGAGGACAACGGUUUAAGGUGCCAAGGGCCUGGUGAUGGGUAA